CUUCAGCGGUUGAACUCACUCAUUGCGAAUCAAUCGAGUGGCUCGUGCUCCUGCUAUCUGCAGGCACUCAGUUUCCACUGGACGCACCACUGCAGGCGGGCAGCUUUUCGCUUUUCGUAGAGCGGGGUCUUCCGCGCACCAAAGAGUGGAGCUCGAAAUUGGAUGGAUCCAAUCCAAAAGAUUUUCAACCCCGCCAUCCUUGGGCCACAUUGUCGUCGCUGCCUCUGCCUCUGUUGACUCCUUUCUCUCUCACCAGGCAUUCCUCACAUCAACAUCCAUCUCUCAUCACCACUUCUCAAUCCUCAAAAUCCAGCAAAAUGGGCUUCACUGAUCUCCUCACCGAUGCCGGCCUUGCCGUGCUCAACAACUGGCUUCUCACCCGCUCUUACGUUACUGGCUACACUGCCUCCCAGGCUGAUGUUGCCGUCUUCAAGGCCCUGAAGGAGGCUCCCUCCGCCGAGAAGUACCCCAACGCUGCCCGCUGGUACAAGCACAUCGCCACCUACGAGGAUGAGUUCGCCACCCUCGCCGGCGACUCCUCUGCCCCCUACACCACCUACGGCCCUGAUGUCGCCGAGGUCACCAUCAACCCCGCCAAGGCCCCUGAGGCUGCUGCCGAGGAGGAGGAGGAGGAUGUCGACCUUUUCGGCUCCGACGAUGAGGAGGAGGACGCUGAGGCUGCUCGCAUCCGUGAGGAGCGCCUUGCUGCCUACCGCGAGAAGAAGGCUGCCAAGCCCAAGAUCGCUGCCAAGUCCAUCGUCACCAUGGAUGUCAAGCCCUGGGAUGACGAGACCGACAUGGUUGCUCUUGAGGCUGCCGUCCGUGGCAUUGAGAAGGAUGGUCUCGUCUGGGGUGGUUCCAAGCUCGUCCCCGUCGGCUUCGGUAUCAAGAAGCUCCAGAUCAACAUGGUCAUUGAGGACGAGAAGAUCUCCCUCGAUGAGCUCCAGGAGGAGAUCGCUGGAUUCGAGGACUAUGUCCAGUCCACCGAUAUCGCUGCCAUGCAGAAGCUCUAAGCUUUGGCUGAGAGUUUGAUUGCAGAGGUAUGAACAAGUUAUGAAUCUAAUGAUACCAGAUGUUGCCAUUUGAA